CUUGGCAAUUGUUGCUACUUAAAUUAUUGAUCACAGCUAGUAAAACAAUAGGAAGGAAGCCAUGGAAGAAGGUUCAGAGACCGGGAAGAAAACGAAGAUGACGCCAUUGAUGGAUGAGCUGAAGAAGGUUGGCAAAAUAGCGGCACCAAUGGUGGUGGUGACUGUGCUGCAAUAUCUUCUGCAAGUGGCGUCAGUGAUAAUGGUUGGACAUCUUAGCCAGCUCUCUCUUUCAAGUGUGGCUAUUGCAACCUCCCUCACCAAUGUUUCUGGCUUUAGCGUUUUGUCAGGGAUGGCUGGUGGAUUGGAAACUCUAUGUGGCCAAGCUUUUGGAGCACAACAAUAUGAAAAAUUUGGAACAUAUACCUACACUGCAGUAAUAUCCCUCACUAUGGCUUCUGCACCAAUCACUGUUCUAUGGAUUUUCUUGGACAAAAUACUAAUGUUCAUAGGUCAAGACCAUGAAAUUUCCCAUGAAGCUCAGAAAUAUGCCCUUUGGCUUAUACCUGCUCUGUUUGCCUCAGCUAUUCUGAAACCUCUAACGCGGUUUUUCCAGACUCAGAGUUUGAUUUCUCCAUUGAUUCUAAGCUCUUUUGUGGUUUUGUGCUUUCAUGUGGUGACUAGUUGGUGCCUGGUGUUUAAGUUGGGGUUCGGACAUAUUGGUACUGCAAUUGGCUUCAGCUUGAGCACUUGGUUGAAUGUGAUUCUGCUUUUGUUAUUUGUGAAGUGCUCCUCUGCUUGUGAGAAAACAAGGACUCCAUUUUCUAAGAGGGCUUUGUCUGGUUUAGGAGAGUUCUUUCGCCUCUCUGUCCCUUCAGCAGCUAUGGUUUGCGUCAAAUGGUGGGCAAGUGAGUUGCUUGUUUUGCUGGCUGGACUUUUUUCCAAUCCAGAGCUGGAGACAUCAAUUCUCUCUAUAUGCUUGACAAUCUCUACAUUGCACUUCACCAUACCCUACGGAUUUGGGGUUGCUGCUAGCACUAGAGUUGCAAAUGAAUUGGGAGCUGGGAAUCCAAAAGCAGCUAGAGUGGUUGUUUCUAUAGCCAUGUCCCUUGCAUUUAUAGAGGCUGUCAUUGUGAGCACAGCCCUGUUUGGCUUCAGACACAUCCUAGGUUAUGCCUAUAGCAGUGAUAGGGUGGUUGUUCAUUAUGUGGCUGUCAUGACCCCUCUGCUAUGUCUCUCUGUUUUUACGGACAGCUUGCAAGCAGUUAUUUCAGGGGUUGCUAGAGGAAGUGGAUGGCAACAUCUUGGAGCCUAUGUGAAUAUUGGAGCAUUUUAUCUGGUAGGAGUUCCUGUAGGUGUUCUACUUGGCUUUGUUGCACAUUUCAGAUCAAAGGGCCUUUGGAUUGGAAUAGUUUCAGGCUCCAUUGUCCAAAUAAUUUUCCUCUUCCUCAUCACUGCUCUUACAAACUGGAAAAAACAGGCAAUGAUGGCAAGGGUGAGAAUACUUGAUAUAUCUUCGGAAGUAAGUGAAGAAAAUCACACAACAAGGGCAGCAAAUCACACAACAAGUGCCUAAAGUUAAAGAGACAUGGUAGAUUAGAAAAUAAAAGAGUUUGGACUGGAAAUGUUGAUGAAUUGAUCAUAUGUCUAACCUCAUUAAUCAAUUUGAAUCCUCUAUGUUUAUUUCUCUCUCCAUCUUUCUCCAUCUGAGUUUUAGGCCUGAGAACAUGUCUAAGUUUCAUCUUGUUGUCUGAGUUUCGAGAUUUUUUAGACCAUUUGAUGCAAUCAACAAUUCAGAUGUCAGAUGGAGAUAAAUGAAGAGGAAAAUGAAUGGACAGGAUUCAAAUUCCUUGUAUUUGUUCCCUAAGAUUGAAGGAGUUAAAGCCAAAUGAAGCUUUAUAUGUAAGAAACUGACAUAUAAGCAAGGCAUGAGAUGAUUUGUCCCUUCUUAUAUUUUGUACAUGUAGAACCAUUGAAUUACUGUUAUUGUUAUAUAUACUCAUCAUAUGUGUGCAAG